AUGAUUAUCCAAAAUAUCGUCGUCGAUCACCUGAUGAUGGUGGGCAAACUUUUCAGCUUAGAAAAUCCCGUAAUCGCAUGGUCACAAUCGGUAAUCGGUGGAUUGUAUGUACCAUAUAGCCCUUUAUUAUUACGUGCGUUUGACUGUCACAUCAACAUAGAACUUUGUCAUUCAGUAAAAGCCAUACAAUAUAUUUGUAGUUAUAUUAAUAAAGGAUCUGAUCAGGCUGCAUUCUCAAUAGAAUCGCGUGAUGAAAUUAAAGCAUUCCAAAAUGGCAGAUAUACUAGUUCAUCGAAAGCUGCAUGGCGGAUAUUUGAUUUUACGAUUUUUCAACUCUCAGUACACCAUGAAAAUGGCCAACGUGUCUAUUUCACUGAUCAAAAUGCUCGCGAAAGACUUGAAAAUGUUAGAAACACCACUCUUAUGGCUUUUUUUGAACUUGGCUCCCGUGACGACUUCGCGAAAACACUGUUUUAUAUUAAAGUUCCAUCUUACUAUACUUUUACUAAUAAUCGUUUCAAUAGAAGAAAAAAAGGAGAGCCAAUUGUACAAUAUCCUGGAGUCAAGAAAUCCAAUGUGCUCGGUCGAGUAUACACUGUUCACUCAAGUAACGUUGAGUGUUAUUAUUUACGUAUGCUUUUGCAUCACGUCCGUGGACCAACUUCGUUUUUAGAUUUAAAAAACAGUUGA